CCAUGGAAUGUCGUUCCGCUCGCCGCUGAGUGGUCGCAAAUCGGGCCCACUUUUGGGGUGGGCGGAACCAUCAGAACAUCCUGAGAACGCAGAGCAGCAGCAGCAGCAGCAGCACACUACAUCGAGAGACUCUUCGAGAUACUUUUUAUUCUCUUCUUCGUCCUUGUAUUCGAUUGCUGGAGCAGCCAAAUGUCUCGAUCAAUGCUACCCGUCCUGCUGCUGCUGCUUGCCGUGAGCGCAUGCGCCGGAUUGGCAGCCCACGGCAAUAAAACCGCCAAAGGACGAAUGUUCUCCUACUUUGACGCCUCCUUCACCGAUGAACCGUUCGCCUUGGAGGAUGUAUAUGGCCUCGAAGUGGACCGGAGGGUGAACAGAACCCCGAGGGUCAGAGGCGGCUUGCGAGUCAGCAACGUGACUGCCAUCUCAGAGGAGGUACGCAGCUUCCUGACGGGCCACCUUUCCACAUUGAUCAUCCCAUCAUUCUACGCCAUGGUGUGCCUACUCGCCGUGCCCAUCAACGCCUGCGCCGCUCUGGCCUUCUCGCGUCGGAUCCGACCCAAGAAACCUGCGGCCAUCUACAUGCUCAACCUGGCGUGUGCCGACCUGCUCUUCGCCGUCCUCCUGCCCUUCAAGGCGGCAUACCACUUCUCCAGGAACAACUGGGUAUUCGGCGAGUCCCUGUGCCGUGCGGUCACUGCCGCUUUCUAUUGGAACAUGUACUGCUCGGUCCUCCUGGUGGCCUGCAUCAGUGUGGACCGUCUCCUGGCCGUCGUGUACCCAAUUGACUCGCUGACGUGGAGGAGCCCCCGUAACGCCGUCCUAGCCUGCAUUGCCAUGUGGGUCAUGUCACUAGCUAGCACUGUACCCUUGGUCGUCUCUGAGCAGACGUUCUACUUGAAAGAGUUGGACAUCACCACCUGCCAUGAUGUCCGGCCAGUGGGUGAGGUGGUUGGGCUCUACGGGAAGUACUUCAUUGCCCUGUGCGUCGCCCUCUUCGUCGUCCCACUGCUGGUCACUACCAUCUCUUACACCCGUGUGAUCUGGUCCUUGAGCCGGUCCCCUCACGGUGUUUCCGGAGGCUCCCGUCGGAGAACCAGGGCCCUGGUGAUGGCGCUGACAGUGCUGGUGAUCUUCUUGUUGUGCUUCGCACCCACAAACUGCCUGCUCUUGGUCCACUACACACAGCUCCACGAUGGGGUGUACCAGGCCGGGGAUGCCCCCGAGGGCACGUACGUUGCCUAUCUGGUGUUUUUGUGUUUGGGGAGCCUCAACUGUCUGCUGGACCCGGUGCUCUACUGCUUCGGUUCAUCCCAGUGCCAGCGAGAGCUCGUCGGGGUGCUGAGGUGUCAGAAGGUAGCCACGAGCUUCAGCACCAGCUCAUCGGACUCUUACAGGUCCAGCAGCAGGACUAUCUUGAAGUCUAGCCGCAUGGAAAGCUCAGAGCGAAACGUCGUGUUUGCCAAAAAGGAGUCCUUGCAAGGGAGCCAUGGUGGACUGUACAAGAAACUUCCGGUUUGAUGACUGAUCCAAGACCACUGACUACAUUUUUACCACAGCAUCAUCUGAAUGAAUCAUUUAACAAAAAGAUUCAGGAACCUUUGUGGUGGGGUCUGAUGUACAUAACGUAUUUCAUUAGAUAACUACUACUCCUAGAAUUUUUUAUGUCUCCUUCAGAAGUGUGUUUCAAUUUCAGGAACUACAACUUUUUGGGGUGGUCUAUAUACUGUGGCUCACCCUCGACUGGGUGGCUGCUUGCCGAUAAAACAAAAAGAAAUCAAACAACAGGAGGGUUUCCGACAAUUAAUUCAUGUCCCGGUUGCAUUCAUGGCUGUUAUUUUUGCUAAAUGCAUUGGUCUUGUUUUUACUGCCGCCUGUGAUGGUCCACAGGAACCUUCUUUGAUUUCUUUGGUGGGAAUGUAGCUUGUCCCAAUUAUUUCUAUUUUUACCACAUAAAUGUGAAAUAAUAUUAAGCAUUUAAGCACAAUGGGCUUUUCAUUUUGCACACUACAACUAUUUAAGCUGUUACAUUGUAAUGUUUAGUGAAAUCCAUAUUUGUACGUGUUACGUGUAUAUUUGCUCACUUUGUUAACUGAUAUCUUCCAUUACACUAUCUUUGUUAAAUAAACUUGUUUCAAACCA